AUUUCAUGGUCAUCUGACAACCAUCUCACUCACAGUCGUGACGACAAAAAUUUUACAACGACAAAGGAAGAAUCUUUUGUGUACAAGAGCCUUGUGAUAUUUACUAAAUCGAUCAUAUGAAAGAUUCACUUGUAGAUUAAGGUUUUGGAAACUUUAAUCGGUUAAACCAGUGUGCUAAGUGCGUGAAAUCAAAAUGUCAACUCCUGCCAGAAGACGCCUGAUGAGAGAUUUCAAACGCUUACAAGAAGAUCCACCAACUGGUGUCUCGGGUGCUCCUACUGAUAACAAUAUCAUGAUCUGGAAUGCUGUGAUAUUUGGGCCCCAUGAUACUCCAUUUGAAGAUGGUACAUUUAAACUAACAAUAGAAUUUACAGAAGAAUACCCCAAUAAGCCACCAACAGUGCGGUUUGUAUCAAAAAUGUUCCAUCCAAAUGUGUAUGCUGAUGGUGGAAUUUGUUUAGACAUCUUGCAAAAUCGGUGGAGCCCUACAUAUGAUGUGUCAGCUAUUUUAACUUCUAUACAGUCCUUACUUAGUGACCCAAAUCCAAACUCACCAGCGAACUCAAUGGCUGCACAACUAUACAAGGAGAACCGGAGGGAGUAUGAAAAGCGGGUGAAAGCAUGUGUAGAACAAUCGUUUAUUGAUUAGCGGAGACACACUGGGUCUCUGACGUCAGUGACACGGGAUCUGGGCUGCUGUUGGUAACGGCCAAUACCUCCAUGUAAAUUCAUUGGGACAAGUGUGUAAAUUAACUCUUAUAUUGAGUCAAUACCAUUGCCAGAACUGUUUUAACAGUUUGAGCGUCAUAUUUAACUGUCAUUAUUACUCAUCAUAAUUUUGUUAAAGAAAUUCAAAAUUGUAUCUUUAUUUUAUACAUGAAAACCACUAGAUUUGCUUGUCUUUGACAAUAUACUAGAUUGUAUUAAUAUCAUUACAACCACUAAUAUUAAGAAUAGGAAAAGUUUAUUACUUAAUUCUAGACAUUGUUAGAUAUACCAUACUGGCAUAUAGCUUGUUCAAUUAUGUGUGAAUAACUUAUUUUUGUAAUUAAUUUCAUUUUUAACACAUACUUUUAUAGCAUAACACUGAAACGCACAGCUUCAGUAAUGUAACAUCCAAGUGAUUGUCAAAGAAUAAAUAUGACAAGUCCUAGAAUUUACUAGCUAUUCAAGUGGAAAAAUUUACAGGCCUUUCGUUAUGAGAAUAGAUAUUGCAUCAAUUGUUUAUUAUGCUUUAUAUUUUAUUUCAUGUUCAUAAGUUUUGAAUCUUCAUAAUAAAACUGCCAAAAUACCAGUUGUUACUACUUAACUAACUGUAUUUUAUUGCUAAUACUGAAUAAUAGAACUAUCCAAUUACUUUUCUAAAUUAACACCUGGAGGUAUUAAAACUUUUAGUAUACCCCAACAAAAUGUUUACCUAAAAAUAGUACAAGUGUUUUUAUUUCUGUCUGCAAUAUAAAAAAUAAUCUGCUGCACAAAAUUCAUCAAGUUGUCUACUCACCUUGGACAUUCCUAUGGAUGUUCAUGUGAGCACUGUGUAGCAGUUUUCAUAUAAACCUAUAAGUUUGAAUGUCUCACAUGUUUGAGGACAUUUUUACGAAUGUGUAAUAUUUUGUCUUCUAGUAAAAUAUUAUUUUCGGUUGUA